AAGUAUUUUCUCGCUUGAAUUCCUUAACACGAAAAUUACUUUUGUCUAUUUGGAUAAUGAUUUUUUGAAUUUUUAAUUACAGUCGAUUCACAUAUUUCCCGAUGAAAUCGUUAAAAGGGAUUAUUUGCUUUUUAAAACGACUCAAAGUAAGCGGGUUCCUAUUCUCAAUUGUUGCGUGUAAAGUUUUUUUGUGAGGGAUUUUUCAAAUCGCUAAAAGGUCCAAAUUCGACUUGUGUUUGAUACGAAAACAGUAACUGGAAAUGUUGCUGUUGAAAUUACAUGAGCUGUUUGAUGAGUAGCUAAUUUCGCAGGUGUUUGUUGUUUGUUCAUGCAGAAUGCGAGGGAGAUUUUUAUUUGCCCGCUUUAUGACCUCUACAAGCGUUUCAUUAAUUUUUAGAGCUUAUUGAAACCUCUCUUUAGCUUUUCUACUUGAUAUUAUGAGAAAGUACUUAAACCGUGUUAUAAAAGGUAAACAAAAUUCUUAAUAACAAACGAGGAGAAUUUGUUCUUGCCGUGCGUUUGAAUUGAGAGCGAAAUAGUUUGGUAAUUAAUUUGUAUAAUAUAUUGACACAGUUUCCAGUUUAGACGUUUUUUGUUUUCGAUAUAAUCGCUUCAUAAGAUUACAAAAAAUCAAUGCGACGGAGUCUUUUUUUAGAAAUUUAGUGAAACAAAUGAAGCAAUUUGUAGCAAUAGUUUCUAAUUGUCAGUGUUUUUGUGGCUAUAUAUUGAUUCAUGAAUAACAUGAAUACACUGGAGCUUGAAUAACUUGCUUUCUCAGAAUACGCUUGCCCUAUGUUUUACGGUUCUCAAUUAUAUAAUUCAAUUGGUGGCGAUUUUGCGAGUUCACGAGUUAAAUGCUGUGGUCAGAAUGACGUUUUUGGACUUGUUUGUGUUUUUCGUUGGUAAUUUUUAGAACAAUGAAAAUGGACAUAAUUAGUCAUAGAGAACCUAGGAAUACGGAAAGACCAUAAUCUUUCAAUCGUUUUGUUGUUUGCCACCGUUUUACAGUUUUUUCUCGACAAACGACAGUUUUUUACAGUCAAAUAUAAUAACAAAAUACAGACUUAUCAAUAAGGGUAGUUUUUAAGUAUUUAUACGUCAUUUUAGUGUAAUCGAGAAACCAUGUAUGUAGCUACUGCGGUCCAUGAGGUUAAAAGCCACACCAUCGUAUUUCGUCUAAGAAAUUGACAUGACGUUUCGUCAUAUUAGAUAUUUCAGCUGUAUAGCUGAAAAAAAGUUGAAAAACAGCUGUAGAAAGUUCAUUUUAAUUCCAUGGACAAAUGCAUCGAAGCGACACACUUUGUAUAAAGACGACUGAACCGGAAAAAGUAACGUAUGCAUUCCUUUUAUUUUUUUCGUUUCUUCUGUUAACCACUUAAACAGAAGUGAGUAUUAGCUAUCUUGCUAUCUCGCAAGACAAAAUAGAGGAAGGUCUUAGAUUUCUUUCGUAACCGCGAUAUCAUAGCCACACGGCUGCCUGUCUGUUAUGGCAGAGCAAUGGCAAAAAGGCUUUUUUCGUUCAGACUCCACCGCGCAAUUUACCAUACCAGAACGUGCAUGGAUUUCACAGUAACAUAAAAUUUCACUGAGAUAGACAUUAUUUAUGUACUCUGCCAGUAUUCAACAAAAUGUCCGAAGAAGACAACAAAUUUGAUACGAGUUUCGUGUCUUGUGCAACGUCGCUUGUGGAUUGUACUAUAAUAAAUAUUAACGUAUCUGGCAAAAUAUAUCAAACGUACGACGCCACUCUCAGAAGAUAUCCCGAAACCUUACUCGGCAGUCCGGCUAUCCGCGAAGCCUACUAUGAUCGAAUCAAGGGAGAGUACUUCUUCGAUCGUCAUCGCAGUUGUUUUACGGCCAUCUUGUAUUAUUAUCAGUCAGAAGGAAUGCUGAUACGUCCCGUUAACUUAUCUCCUGACGUUUUCAUGCAAGAAUGCAGUUUCUUUGGUCUCGGCGAAGAAGCUCACAAACUGUUGGGCUUCGACAAACUUGAGGAGGACGAAAGCGAGGACGAAUUGCCUGAUAACAAAUACAAACGGAUGAUUUGGAUGGCGUUUGAAAACCCUAACUCGUCAAUUGCGGCAAGGAUGCUUACAAUUUUUUCAUUGGCCAUUAUUCUCAUCUCCAUUGUCGUUUUUUGUAUCGAGAGUAUGGAUAACUUAAAACAUCUUGAUGGCGUUUGGUCGGUAGUCAGCGCGCUUUGUAACAUAUGGUUCACCUUGGAGUAUGUUGUCCGUUUGAUCUGUGCAAAACGUAAAAUCGCGUUUUUGAAAGGAACUUUGAACAUCAUCGAUGUCUUGUCCAUUUUACCAUUUUACGUUCAACUGCUCAUGCAAAGUGCAAACAUCAAGGGUGAUGCUGUUAAAGUCUUCCGAGUACUCAGGGUCGUUCGUGUGGUGAGAAUCUUUAAAUUGACUCGACAUUCUCGAGGUUUGUACAUUUUGGGCCAUACGUUGAAAUCAAGCCGGAGUGAACUGUUUAUGUUAUUACUGUUCAUGAUAAUGGGAGUUAUCCUCUUUGCAAGCGGUGCUUAUUACUGCGAAAAUUUAACGAAUAAGGACGACUUUCCCAGCAUUCCGCACUCGUUCUGGUGGGCUGUUGUCACUAUGACAACAGUAGGAUACGGGGAUAUCUCGCCCAAGACUUUUCAGGGUAAAAUUGUCGGAGCAAUGUGCGCACUGUCGGGUGUUCUCGCUAUUGCCCUACCCGUUCCUGUAAUAGUCAGUAAUUUUGAGUAUUAUUAUAAGGAAGAACUCGCUCGCCAGAUUGCUCGUCAAUCUCGUCGAGAUCGCAAGGCGAGCAAGGAAAACACAAAUCAUAUUGCAAUGAAUAAAUAUCCACCACUAUCCAGUUCGAUGAGCAAUAUAGAUCAGGAGAUACUCGAGCUGAAAGGAAUCAAACGCUCGCAUAGUCGACAAGAUGUUCAUGCUCACUAUUCGAAAUUGUCGCCGAAAACGACUCCAAGCCUUGCACGAAAACGAAUUGAGACAACGAUCUAGACGGACUAUCUUUGUUGAUUCUCGAGUUGAAAUGUUGAAUGCUAGGUCGUAAGAACACCUCAUUUUUUACACUAUAUGCACGUUCUAAGAAAGACGGGUUACUGUGCAACCGCAAGUAUCAUUAAAAACACCAUUGGAAGCACACACUCAGUAUUUAAUGUAUAUGAAAAAAACAAAUUUCGUCACUAUAAUGGCAAUGUUUUCAUCUCCAUCCCGAGGAAAUAAAGAUAAUCGCUUUUGUGAUCGUAAAAUGUUAUUCUAAAGUAUUAAGAGAUAUGUCUUUCAGUGUCAGCCGUCAGAAUAUUCUUUCCCCCCAUGCAGUCCAUAUAAUUCUUUACUUAAUACGUUGUGCGAAACUAAAAAUCAUUAUUUUCAAUCGUGUUCUAGGAUCGGUAAGAUGACUUAAGAUCAUAGCAAACUGUGGUAUGACCUGCAGCCCGUAACUCACUAUCCCCAAAGUAAAAUUUUAUUAAACGAUAUAACGGUUAUGAAAAUAUUAUAAUAUAAUGUUUGUAAGUAACAUGUCAUUGACGCCCUUUGGUUUGUAAUUGAAAUUAUAAUCACUUUGUUAAUAGUUUCA